AUGGGCUUUCUACGCAGCAAAGAAGAUGCGGACGAGAUUGUCACAUCCGACGUGAGCAGCAAUGAGAUCGACCAAGGAAGUCUUCAUUACACAGCAGAGGGAGGAGAAAACUCCAACAGGCUCACAAUUCAAGAAGCCAGCGGUGCCCCCGUCGAGCAACACAGUCCCCUUGGGUAUUCCGUGGGCCCGGUAACUGUGGUAUUUCUCAACCUCAGUAUGAUGAUUGGAACCGGCGUGUUCUCGACUCCAUCUGCCAUUCUUGAGGGGACCGGGUCAUUUGGCCUCAGCUUGAUUUACUGGGCCAUAGGCUUCUUCAUGGCAUACAGUACCCUGUCGGUGUAUCUUGAGUUUGCUGCCUACUUCCCAUCUCGCUCUGGGUCCGAGGUGGUGUAUUUGGAACAGUCUUUCCCUCGUCCUCGGUACCUCUUUCCAACCGUCUUUGCGGUUCAAUCGGUGCUAUUUUCUUUCAGUAGUAGCAAUGCGAUCGUAGUUCUCGCGGAGUAUUUGUUUGCUCUUGGUGGUUCAACACCUACAUCAAUGCAAGAGAAGGGCGUGGCUGUUGCAGCAUACACAGUCGCUGUCUUAGUCGUGAUUUUCCACACCAAGGGGUCGCUCAUGCUUUCGAACAUUAUUGGAGCCAUCAAACUCGUGACUCUCAUCUUCAUCGGAAUCACAGGUCUCGUUGUCCUCGGGGGUAAUACGUCAGUCAAAAAUCCAACUCUCAAUUUCAAAAAUGCAUUUUCCGGCAGCUCUGAGGCAACAGUGUACGGCGCAACUAAUGCACUAAUUGACAUUGUGUUCUCAUAUUCUGGAUACACAAAUGCAUUCAACGUCGUUAACGAAGUCAAGAAUCCUAUCAAGACUCUUCGCUGGAGCGCUCCUCUCUCUCUGGCUGUCACGGCAACCCUAUAUAUUCUGGCCAACAUAGCCUACUUCUCCGUUGCGACAAAAGAAGAAAUUAUAGCGUCGGAUCAAGUGGUUGCAAGUAUCUUCUUCGAAAAGGUAUUUGGAACAGGAGGGGCAGCGUCUGCACUAAACUUUUUGAUCUGUCUCAGUGCAUUCGGAAAUUUAAUCUCUGUCCUGAUCGGCCAGUCACGAGUACUUCGGGAGUGUGGGAGACAAGGAGUUCUUCCAUGGACUAAUUUUUGGACUUCUACAAAACCGUUCGGAACUCCUUUGGGCCCAUAUGCCUUGAAAUGGGCAUUGACGAUCGUGAUGAUCCUGGCGCCACCCGCAGGUGACGCUUUCAACUUCAUCGUGGAUCUUAGCAUUUAUCCAUCCAAUCUUUUCCUGUUCAUCCUCACUAUUGGUCUACUCAUCACCCGCCAACGUCGCAAGCGCCUCAACCUAGAGCCAGCAGAAUUUCGCAGCUGGAAUGUGGCAGUGGGGUUUUCUCUCCUGUCUAACAUAUUUAUGAUUGCCAUGCCGUGGUAUCCACCAAGUACCGGGGCAGAUGGUGGUGAUGUAUCAUUUUGGUAUGCCACGUACUGUGUUACUGGACUGGCUAUUAUUGGCGUUUGUGUCGUAUACUACUACAUUUGGGUGUGGCUUCUUCCAAAAUGGCGCAAAUACGAGCUGCGACAGACAAUCAUUCAUGGAGAGAAUGGGAUUACAGCACAUCGCCUGGUCAAGGUUCCACUUGAUAAUAUCGAAAAUUGGGAUGCAGAGCACGAUGCAAGUGGGCGGUUCAGACAAACUACACAGAUAGAGGAGGGCGAAGUGGAACUGAAGCGUGAUUAG